CACAAAUCUUGUGGUGUGCUGUAACAAACGUUUGUGGUUUGUGUCACAGCUUCACUCUCGUGCAUUUCUGCUUUUCAUUCAGAAGCCAAACCUCUUCAUCAGCAAGAGCAAGAGAGCAAAUGGAACAGAGCAAGACAUGGGGAACCUUGUGUAUGCGAUUAUUUAUGGAUCCAUUAUUGCUCUUGGUUUGCCACUCAAUAUUGUAUCUCUGUGGAUUCUGCUUCGUCACCAUGGACGAAAGUCGCCCAGCGCCGUCUUCAUGGGCAACCUGGUGAUAUCAGACCUGCUGCUCAUCCUCUCUCUGUCCAUGAGGGUCUACUUUUAUGCUACGGGCAGCUGGCAUCUGGGUGAGAUGUGGUGCGUCUGGUUCACCAUGCUCUUUCGCAACAACAUCCGCACGAGUGCCAUCUUCAUCACCUUUAUCAGUGUGGACCGGCUGCUGGCUGUGGUUUAUCCAUUGAGGUCGAGGCUUAUUCGGACACCAGUCAACGCCGUGAAGGGCUCUGUUUUCGUCUGGGCGAUUGUAGUGUUGGUGAAUAUCCCAGAGAGUGUGGGCUUUCUGAGAAAUUUUCAGAAUCAAACAUGUUUUGAUUCUGACACAGCAAAUAUGACCCAAACCAGCAGAAGAAAGGACGAGAUACUGGAACUCACAAUUGGUUAUUUCCAGCUUGUGUUAUUGCUGACCAUGCUGACAGUUAACAUCAUCUCCACAGUUAUGGUGUCCUGUACUCUCCAAAGACAUCUAAGUGAGUCUGCAAAGGUCAAUAACAAACUGAACGUCAUGCUGAUUUUCGCCAUGAACCUGAUGAUGUUCAUCGUUUUCUUCUUGCCGGUGUCUUUCUUUGUGUUCUUUGAUCACUUGAGGCCUGUUCUGAACUGCCUUGCAAGUGUGAACUGCUGCCUGGACCCUCUGUUGUAUUACUUUUCUUUUGACGGGUUCUGGAAAAGAAAGGAGGAUGUGGAAACAUCUCUUGCAAGUCGCGGAACAUGAACAGACUGACAGCAACGUGGCAGAGAUAAGAUGAAAUCUUUUCUUUUUUUUUUUUUUUUACAACAAAUUAUGCUUGUAUCAGUGUGUUUCUUGUUCUAUCUAGUAAAAAUAUAUAUUAAAAAAAUUGAACCAGAAAAUGUUUUGAUUGACUUUUGAAAUUAUAAUAAAAAUAAGAUUGCUAGAUUGGUACAUUACUUGAAUAAACUCAUCGAAUUAAUUUAAGUUUUAUUGCUAAUUUCACAUUAAACUAAGUAGCUGCUAGUUUCUAGAAAGUUGUCAAGGAAUGCAUUAAUUUGUUUUAAAGAGCAUCUUUUAUGGUAAAAUGAGUUGAAAUCAUAUUUGCAAAUAGAUAUUUGGUAUGACUUGACGUAUUUUAUCAUGAUUUUAUCUGAUGUAGUACAGAGGAAUGAAGCAACAGGAAAGAGUGUUUUACAAGCGAAACAGAGUAUCCUGUCGAUUUUACUCUGACAAUUUUAAUUAAAAUCCUGAGCAUUAACCUACCUUUAGAAGUCGUCUGAUUAGUAAAUGAAGACAAUAAAUAGAGAAAUAUAGAAGAACACAACAAAUAGAUCAGAAUAAACAUUUUCAAAAUUUUCCUGAAUAAAACCUCUUAAAAAUUUGUAAGUAAUUUCAGAUUUAAAAAAAAAAAAAUUUAUAUUUUGAACAUCCUAUUUUCUUUUUCUUCUUUUUUGGACUAUCACAUGAGAUACCUAUAAAAAACUUUAAAGUGUGCAAUUGCAACAUGAUAAAUCUUAAAUUGUUCAUAAGCUAUGAACACUUUGCCAAGGCACUGCAUGUUAUAGAAAAAAUGAAAUGUAAGGUCUAUGUUGCGGUGAUGAGUUAUUCUUGCCCAUCAGAAUGAUAGACUUGUCUUUUUUAGGAAUUGCUCCUAUUAAUUCAUCCUCUGGUCUUUCUUUUUAAAUAUGCCACUUGCAAAACAAAGCAAACCACAGCAAACAUAAGAACAAAACAUCUUUCUUUCCCGCUCCUGCACUCAUAACUGCAUUUAGAGUUUUCAUUCUGAGCACAUGAGAUCUGUUGCUUUGGAAUAAUCUGUAUGCAUAAAAUGUUGCCUUUUGUAAAUAAAGUAAGGUCGUCGGUCCAUAUGGCUGUGGCUGGCCA